AUGGCGGAUGUCGACAUGACCGACGCCCCGGCCUCUGCGCCUGUUGUUAAGAAGAACACCGCCGCCGAGACUAAGGGAAAGAAGGCAGACGGCAAGCCUCGCUUCGAGGUCAAGAAGUGGAACGCGGUGGCCCUGUGGGCUUGGGACAUUGUAGUUGACAACUGUGCUAUCUGCCGAAACCAUAUCAUGGAUUUAUGCAAGUUCCCUCUACACCCUCCUCUUGACACCCAACCUUAUACUAAUCUUGAACUUUGGAUCCUUUUAGGCAUAGAGUGCCAGGCAAACCAGUCAUCCGCCACCUCAGAAGAAUGCACAGUGGCGUGGGGUAUUUGCAAUCACGCGUUCCAUUUCCAUUGCAUCUCGAGAUGGCUCAAGGCGCGUCAAGUGUGCCCUCUCGACAACAGAGAUUGGGAGUUCCAGAAGUACGGCCGUUAA